AUGGGCCGCAGAAAGAUUGAGAUCAAAGCGAUCAAGGAUGAUCGAAAUCGUUCCGUAACUUUUCUCAAACGUAAAGGCGGUCUAUUCAAGAAAGCGCACGAACUAUCUGUCCUCUGUUCUGUCGACGUCGCCGUUAUCAUCUUUGGUCACAACAAGAAGCUCUAUGAGUUCUCCUCGGGAGACAUCAACGAAACCAUCGGCCGCUAUCAAUAUUAUGGACAACCACAUGAGCACAAGGGCCCUGCGGACUUUCGAGGCAAGAGUGGUGGAGAUGAUGACGACGAUGACGACGAGGACAUGUCACCUCCAAGAGAGGAGUCAAUGCCACCGCAGCCUACGCCACAGAUGAUGCCGCCUCACAUACAGCAUCAGCCGCCGUUUGGUCACCUUCGACAUCCUGUGCCAUCAGCAUCACCACCUACCCAGAAUGGCAUAUUCCCAGGACAGCAUGGAUCACCGCAACCACAGAUGGCCUCACGACCAUCCUCUCGAGAGACUGUUCGGCGAUCCAGCUCCAAUCUCGUGCCGAUGCAGCAUCCUCGGGCAACGACUCCACAGCCCGCUCAGAACGGUUUCGCGUAUAUGCCGAAUCAAUCAAUGUAUGAUCACCGCGCUCAUCCUAACCUGAAUCCUCCACCAACAGCUCCACCGCAAUUCCAACACUUUCCACAUCACACUCCUCCUCAACCCGUUCAACACCAUCCGCAGCAUGCACAACAUCAGCACCCGCAGCAGCAUCCGCAGCAUGCUCAGGUGCAACAAGCCCAUCAAGCAUUCUUGCAGGAGCACAGAAGGCAAUCACUGCCGCCAGCUCUGCCGCAGCAAGAGAGACCACAGCCGACACCGACACCACCAACGCAACAUCAACAGUUGCCAUCUCAAUCUCCUCCCCAGCCUCCUCCACAGCAGAGCCUUAGACCUCCUGAGCCCCAAAGCCCACCUCAGCCUAAACAUCUCUCCUCUAAAUCCCGCAGCAUAUUCACCCCCAUAGAUGCAAGCGGUUCAGUGCUGGCAUCGCAUUUCUUUGGUCGAUCACCCGAUCCUGCACGACCUGACAUCAAAGAAGAAGACUCACCGGAAUCGAAGCCACGGCCUCGCCACCAACCUCCCCUUGCCCGCUCAACCCCUCAACCCGGUCGCUCUAACACCAUGUCCUCGGAAGGCAUCAUCCCACCCUCCCGCACCAACACCAGCUCAUCCAUGAGAUCCGCCGCUGCCCGCCCCCGCCUCAAAGUACAGAUCCCCUCCGAAGCCUCAGACGCCGAGUCCGGAACUGCAGACGAGUCCUCCCCAGCCGGCACGAACCAAAACUCUGGUGGAGCCGAAGCAGCAGCCACCGCAGCCACUGCCUCUACCUCCACACCCUCCAACAGCAACCGCAACCGCUCGCACUCCUCCUCCGUCGUCCUUCCUCCACCCUCCCCUUCCGCCUCCGCUCUCCUCAGCGCCGGCGCCUCCGGCCCUCCCAACCCCUUCGCCCGGCCCCCGCAACCCCAUAACAGCAACGCCUACGUCGAUAAUCGAAACAACAACAUCGAUACCCCCAUCUCCGCGUUACCAAGUAGAUUUGUAGCGGAUAACCUGCUACCCAGCCCGUCGAGCUUCUACCCGGAUUGGGGCCUUGGCAGCGGUGCAGGCAGCGGCAGCGGGAGGGGCGGCAGCGGUGGUCAUGAUAGCAACAUGCUCCCCAGUCCGUUAACCUUCCCCACGCCGGUGGUGCAAGUUGGUGCGCCGCUGGGGUGGGGUAGGGCGGCUGCGACGAGCACGGGUGGUCCAGGUCCGGAGUCUGGAUUCGCGGUUGGGGAGAAGAGGAAGGACUUCACGGGUGCAGGUGCGGCGGGGUGGAGUGAGGACAGGGCGGAAGGGGAGGCGGCGAAGAAGAUCAAGACUUGA